UGCUAAUAGGUCUUAACGACUUUAUAGUGCCAACAAAAUAUUUGAAAUCACCCUGGAUAGCCCACUUCCAUCUGGAAAAUCUGUGAAAGUAACUGUUGAUAUGGUAUUCUCUCAUGCCUUGAGGGCAUUCCCUGAGAAAAUUGGCCAAGCGGAAAAACAAAAUGUUGUGUUCGAAGGAAAUCAUUAUUUCUUAUCACCAUACAAAACUGGUAAGCAAACAACUACAGUGAAACUGGCAUCAGCAACAGUGGAAUCCUACAGCAAGUUGAAGCCCUCAUCUCAAGAUGAAGAAACAAUAACGUAUGGUCCAUAUGAAAAUAUUGCACCACUUCAAAAGAGCAACAUGAAAAUUCAUUAUGAAAACAAUUCACCGUUUUUGACUGUAAGUGUGUGUGGGAAGAGCUGGGUUGGACCCAGAGAAGUACAUACUGUAUUUUCAUACAGUAGGAGCUAGAGCACCAAAUCUGCGACGCUGACGCGACUAAAAAACAGUCGCUAAUAAUAAUGGGACACUAGUUUUACUUUGUUUUUCUCGUGUCCCUGGCUCUGUUUACCAACAACAAUACAUAGUUUUUACCCGUGAAAUGAAACUGUGAUAAUAGCGGCAGUUUUUUGUCACGUCCGCGUCGUAGAUUUGGUGUAUCUUAAGCACCAUGAUGGCUAAUAUGUUCACACUGCACCGGAGUGGUUUGAAAACAACACAAGAAAGUCACAAUUAGUCAUUUACAUAGCUGUGACGAAAUUUUCUAAACGGUGCGAGAUAAAAACGGACCGCUUAGCGACUUUAUGUGAACGCAAACGCCAUUACUUUUUUACCGCUUGCAGACCCAAGCAUCUCGCGUCUCAAAACAGUAAAUUUGAAUGCUUUUCGUUUAAUUUCUUUGCUCUAUUUGAAAUAUUUUGGGUUUACAUGAGUGCUAAUUUAAUUUGUAAACAAAGUUUAACAGCUCAUUGUGAACACACGUCAAUUCUGCCGGCAUUAUUUUUCUCUGGUGUAAUGUGAACGUAUCAAUUACAGUUGUGGAUACAACAGUUACUGUAUAUGAUGUGAUAACAUCGUAAUAACAAAAAUGCCCUACAGCUGCCAGGGUGAGUUGGUCUCUGAAGUUAUGACGUCCUCUGUGUAUCUAUACAACUUACUGAACGGACAACGGUUAUAUAUUUUUUAAAAAAUUAGCGAAGAGCUGAAACUGAUGAAAAGUUCUAGGAAAGAAAUUAACACGCCAAGUGGCAUGGCGAAGACGACGUAAAGGUUAAAAUUUCAACAUGCUUUUCAGCCCAAAACACGAACACAAAUGUGAUUAGUGUAAUAGGUUUAUCCAUUGUGUGCAAGACUCUUCCCUUGAUGAAAAACGUUGUCUGGCGUUAAACAGAGUACAGUAAAAGAACAAAAGUAGGGUGCAUUCGGGCAUAUCGCAGAUCAAUGGGAAUUAACGCAAAACCCAGAAUGCAGUAGUGUAAAUAUACAGUACCUGUAUCCCAAAUAUUUUCAUCACAGCAAGAUUGAUACCAGGUCGGUAGGGUAUGGCUUACGGACGUAUAUUAAUAUACAUGGAGCGAUGACUAUUUUCAGUUCUACAUAUCAUUGGUUGUAUUCAUUGAGAAAUUACAUUGUUGUCACUAAAACCCCAUUAUGCAUAGGUUGUUAACAUGGUUCGUACAAUUGAAGUGUCGCAUUGGGGAAAUAUUGCAGUUGAAGAAACCUUCCACGUGAAACAUACGGGCGCAGAACUUAAGGUAAAGAGCUGAGCAACAAAUUUGUUUCGUUUAUUUACAUUCAGAACUAUACAGUAUGAGCAGACAGCUAAUAACUACACUUUGUGAAACUCGUUAAUAAGUCCUGAAGAAAACAAAAGUAAUCAUGAACGUGAAAGAGUUUGUGUAUCUGAUACAAAAAUCACGCUGAUUUACAUAAACUUUAAAUUCAAGAUGGCGAAUUUGAAUCAGAAAUGUUGCAAAAUUAAUCAAAGUCUUUGCGCUACAAUGUUCCUAACUUAGUUACAAAAGUGGAAUGGUAUAAUGCUCCAAUAGCUAGUGCAAUUAUUUCAUGUGCGCAGUUGUAUGUCGUCAGGAUACUAAAUGCCUAGAAUGUACAGUUCAGUAAUUGGAAAUGUGACAGCUCGAUACCGGACUGAAUUGUAUUUCUAUCAUUCUGUUUUUUAAGGGAACAUUCUCAAGAUAUGAUUACCAAAGGAGUCAAACAUUUGCUGUGAUAAAGUCUUUCAAAAGUGUUUUGCCUGCUUCUGCUGCUGAUGUUUAUUAUCGGGAUGAGAUUGGUAAUAUCUCAACAAGUAAUCUUCUGGCUAUGGAUGAUUCAGUUGAAUUGGAGAUCCGACCACGUUUUCCGUUAUUUGGUGGAUGGCAAACACGUUACUAUACUGGUUAUAAUGUUCCUAGUUAUCAGUAUCUUUUCAACACAGGUUCGUUUACUGUCGUUCCAAUUGAAGUGUUCUUCAAAUAUUGAUUCAAUACAUUACCUCAGGCUGACCAAUUCAUUUCAUCAAGUUCCU